AUGGUUAGUGAUGAGUACACAUCGCUCACUUCCGACCUCGCUUGGCACACAAAUGUGACAUCGACGCGAAUGAGCGAACGGUCUUCGAAAGAAAAUCGUGAAUUGUACGAGUUGGCUUUACGCGGACUACAAUACUUGUCCGGUUGGUCCGUUCAGGUCUUAGAUACGUUCACAUGGAAACUUGCUCAUUGUGCCAGUCACGAAACCAAUCGUGAAUGUCCCAAGGACGCGGAGAGCUACGAGAAGGCCACUCGAUAUAACUACAACUCGGACGAACGAUUUGCCAUGAUCGAGGUGAUCAGUAUGAUCAAAUCAGUACAGACGCAAUUGCUUCGUCUGGAGGCCUACUAUUCGGAAGCAAUUCGUCGCUCGGUCUACCGGGAAUUGCAAACGAUCGUGAUCGGCCAACUAAGCGGACCGUUGAUCAAGGCACAGAAGAAAAAGGAUCGAAUCAAUUUGGUCCGGUUAAUUUACGCGAUUCAAGCAACUUGUGCCGAUCAGAUUCUUGAACAAAUCGAUGCAGACACCGGAGGUGCUGGUGGUACCCACUCGAAAUCAUGGAGCCGUUCAGCCGCCUCGCGUUUCGUUCAUUCCAAUCAGGGUAGUCUAACCACCGGAUCGAAUUCCACAUUGGCCCAAGUGGCUGCAUCCCUCGGUCACGAUAGUGGAAGUGUGGGCAGUGGGAGUGCGUUUGAUUUGAACAAGCGUCGUGUCGGCCCAUCGUCCAGUCAGCUGUAUCUGGUACGUACCAUGCUAGAACUGAUGGUAGACCAGACUGCAUCCGGUCGGCAUGUGAUGCGCAAAGAUUUGGACUCAGCCACAUUGACUGCGAUCGAGACUUUCCUCAAGAACAGUUUCUAUUGGCCGUAUCUGUUGAAUUUUAGUGGUAAGCUUGUCUAUCCUCUGUGUAUGUGUCUACCCCCGUGUGCAUGCAUGUGGCAGUUAUAG